AUGUCUGCUCAAUCUCCUCCUGACAACGUGCCUCCCUCUCCUCGCUCCGCUGCCUCCCCGCUCAAUUCAACAGUCCCUUUUAUCCCCGUAUCUGCGCUCUCCCCUCAAACAACAGAUAGUGAGAUUCAACAAUCUGCCUUCAUGUCGACUGCUGCGAUGACCAUGCCUCCGCCAACGCUCGGUCUUCGGGGCGAAUAUAACCCAGAACUCCGAAAACGCGAGGAAUGGGCCAGGCUGGCUGCUACACUCACUGCACUAGAGACAAUGAAAGAAGCUUCGCCCGGGACCCCGAAAACUGAUUUCAGUUCACUGUGGGCUGCUCGAGAUGCCGACUUUAGCUUCGAGCUUACAUACCAGAACCGAACCGUGUCAGCGUUUGAUGUCCUUCACCAGGCGCACUCCGUCAAGCUGAACGCCCUCUUGUUAUCUCCUAGUCGACUGAAGGUACCUACGAGGCAUCAGACCGCAACUGCAAUUCAGAAGUUUACAGAGGCGAACAAAAACUCAUUGGGGGUGAUCGUGUACCUAAUGGACGCGGGAUCGUCAGGUAACGAGCAGGCUGAGGCAGUGCAGUCUCUGGGUGCACUGCACCACUGCCUUUCGCUGGGCUUCUCAGAACCGCCCCCGGUCCUUGUUGUGUCUGACGCAUCAUACCUCCUGGAUUGCAUCAGCGCUUAUAUGAAAAGUGUCACACGGGCAAACUCGGUCCCAGUCAACGCCCCUGGAGAUAAACCGUUGUGGCCUAAAUUGCCUGCACCUGCCCACUCAUCCUUUGCGGCUCCGAAAACGUCAUUUCCAGCCCAGGAGAAGAAGUCGUCUUCGGACCUGGAAAAGAAGUCAUUGCCUGCAUCUGCCCUCUCAUCAUUUGCGCCUCCGAAAAUGAUAUUUCCAGCCCAAGACAAGAAGUCAUCUUCGGACCUGGAAAAGAAGUCAUCUGCUCAGGAGAAGAAGUCAAUUUCAGACCAGCAGAAAAAGUGA